AUGGCAACCUAUCACUACCAGAUGCCGCACUAUCAGCAAUCGACACAGCACCAGUCGAACCACUCUCACGGCCACCACGGCCGUAGCCGCCGGGGCCCGAGAGUGUCUUCGCAGAAUGCGCACCGGCAAUUCAAGGCACAACGAAGCCCCAAAGAGGAGGUGCCUCAAGUGCCAACAUACACAGACUAUCUGCGAGUGCUGGAGGCCGCAAAGGGAUUCGACUUCGACGACGACGAGAUCUUCUGUCCUUUCGACCUGCUUACAGAAGACGAUGUAUGUCAAAAGUCAAUGGCUACCAGGGCCAGGGCUAACAUCUCAUCACAGCUGGUGUCCAUACACUCGACCUCGUCAUCUGACAGAGGCUCCUUGUCCUCCGGAUCGCCCGACGGGUCGCCCCUCCAGCAGCAGGUCCAGCCAACCCCUUCGCUCCUUCUCUCCUCGGUACCUAAUACGUACAACACAUCGACCUUCCAGCAGCAGCAGAACAUGAAGCUGCACCAGCCCAUGGCGCAACGAGCCCGCAACGCCAUCCCGAUCGUCGACCCAUCCACCCGGUCCGUCGCGAGCCCUCCGAUGUCUGUCUCGCCAGGCCGACAGAUGCAGCACCAGUACGUCCCACGCCGCUGGUAA